AUGGUAACUAGUGCUAGUAUUAUCCUAGAUACUAGUAACGAUGCCAGCCAGUGGCGAUCUAGUUUGCGGGUUUGCCCCUUAAAAGAUCUCGAUCUCUCUUCCAACUACUCAAAUAAAUAUUAUAAAUUACAAACAAAUGCUGGAAGCUAA